AUGGCUAACUCCUCCGCUAAGAAGCGCGUCAAGUCCAAUUCCGCCCGCCUCACCCGCCUGCGCCUGCUCAUCGUCGCGGCCAACCUCAUCUACAUCGUCGUCCGCCUGCUCCUGCCGCGCUCGGCCGUCACCACCUUCCACCUGGCCGCCUGGUUCUUCCUGUUGCUGACCACGCUCGCCCCCUUCUACCUUCUGUGGACGGCCGCCCGCCCCCGCUACUUCGACGACGGCCAGCUGUGCGACGGCGGAGAGGACAUCUCCGCCCCGGGUGUGCUCGAGUAUGCUCACGAUACCAUCUACAUCUCCUUGCUCACGCUUCUCGCUCUGCUCCUCACCAAGUGGGCCCUCUUGAUCUUCGCCGUCCUCCCCACGUACGCCAUCUACGCCUCGUGCGCAGCACGGAAGGCCCCGAAUGAGAUCGACGCGGAGGAGGAUCAGGCCGUCAGUCAGUUUGCAGCCAUGAGCAGGAAGGAGAGGAGAAAAGCAGAGAGGGCGUCCAGGAAGGUCCGGUAGGGCAACCAUCCCAAUUCUUCUCACAGCCAUUAACUCCUAACACCUUCUGCUCACGUUCGUAACAUUGCAACCACAAUUCCCUACCGUCUAGCUUUACAAUCCACUCCGAUAAACUCUUGCUGU